UCCAUUCAGCACCAGGGCCCAGAGUGGAGGCCCCAGGGGGCCCUGGACUGAGCCAAUGAGGACGCUACUGGCCAUCCUGGCUGUGGGAACCCUGGCCGCCCACCGAACUGACGACCGCCCGGCUCUCCUUCAACACGUGAAAUUCCAGUCCAGCAACUUUGAAAACAUCCUCGAGUGGGAAGGCGGCCCGGAGAGCACCGCGGACACCACCUACAGCGUGGAGUACAAGACGUACGGAGAGAGUGAGUGGCUGGCAAAGAAGGGCUGCCAGGGCAUCACCCGCAAGUCCUGCAACCUGACCCUGGAGACAGGCAACCUCACGGAGCUCUACUACGCCAGGGUCACGGCCGUGCAUCCCGGAGUCCAGGAGGCCAGCAAGACAACCGAGAGGUUCAGCUCCCUGCAGCACACUACCAUCAAACCACCGGAUGUGACCUGUGUCCCCAAAGUAAGAUCCAUUCAGAUGAUCAUCCACCCGACUCCCACACCCAUCCUGGCAGGAGAUGGCCACCAGAAAACCCUGGAGGAGAUUUUCCAGGACCUGGUCUACCGCCUGGAGCUCCAUGUCAACCACACCUACAAAAUGGUAAAUCACCUUGGAGGAAAGCAGAGAGAGUACGAAUUCGUUGGCCUGACCCCUGAAACAGAGUUCCUUGGAACCAUCACGAUUUCCAUUCCCACCUGGUCCAAGGAGAGCGCCCCCUAUGUGUGCAGAGUGAAGACACUGCCUGACUGGACAUGGACCUACUCAUUCUCAGGCGCCAUCCUCUUCUCCAUGGGCUUCCUUGUCGCCAUGCUCUGCUACCUGAGCUAUAGAUACAUCACCAAGCCGCCUGCACCUCCCAGCUCCCUGGAUGUCCAGCGAGUCCUGACCUUCCAGCCUCUGCGCUUCAUCCAGGAGCAUGUGCUGAUCCCUAUCUCUGACCUCAGCAGCCCCAGCAGCCUGGCCCAGCCCAUCCAGUACUCCCAGGUCAUGGUCUCCAGCCCCAGAGAGCCCCCAGGGGCGGCACAGCUGCAUGGCCUGCCAGAGAUGGCCUACUUGGGGCAGCCAGAUGUCUCCAUCUUCCGGCCCUCCAACCUACCAUCUCCUCCAACACCCUCCCCACCCGCCUACACCCCAAAGGCUGUCCCUGAGAUCAGCCCCCCAUCCUAUGCACCUCAGACCACCCCAGAAGCCAAAGCCCCUUUCUAUGCUCCACAGCCCAUCUCUAAGGUCCAGACACCCUCCUACACCCCCCAGGCCGCUCUGGACCCUUGGCCUUCCUCCUAUGGGGUCUGCAUGGAAGAGUCUGGCUUCCCCACUACCACCCUUUCUAGUCCCAGGGCCAGAAAGAUCAGACUGAAGGAUCCACUCCAAAGAGAGGCACCAGCGGGCGGCUGCCUGUCAGGUGACUUUUCUCUACAGGAAAUGACGUCCUUGGCCACAGAGGAACCCCAAGAAGAAAAAUCACUUUCUCAGACUCUGGGGGUUUGCACGGACAUAGUACCUGACCUGGAUACAUUACAUAGUGGGGAACCAGGGACACCCCCCUACCUAAAGGACCCACUGUCCCUCCUCUCUUCAGUCCAGAUUGAAGGCCACCCUGUCUCCCUCCCUUUGCACAGCCCUUCCUUCCCGUGUUCUUCCUUGGACCAGGGCACCAGUCUGCUAGAGUCACUGGUGUGCCCCAAGGAGGAGGGCACAGUGCCCGAGGCCAGGGCCACAUGCCCUGGGGUCUCAGAGCUGGAGCAGCCCUUGGAGGUGGACUCGAUUUUCAAAGGUCUGGCCCUGACUGUGCAGUGGGAGUCCUAAGGGUGGAUGGGCAGGCCUUGGCUUCCUCCUGCCACCCCGGGCAGGCUCUCCUUGGCUGCCAGCCCCAUGCCCAGCCAUGGUGCAUGUGCUCUAGUCCAGCCCAGAAGAAGAGGCAGAGGAAGAGGACACAGGACUGGCCAGGGUGCAUUCCCCUGGGUCCACAAGCAUCGAGAGGAUGAAGAUGGAGGAGCGACAUACCUGCAUGUGCAAAUGACCUGUGCCAAAGCAGCCAGCAGGGAAUGGUGGACAGAGAACAGAGAGGAAUGCAGGGAAACCUCUAGAAGACCGAGAAUGGCUCACCCCAUUCCUGCCAGUUUUGUAAUCUGGCUCAACCGAGAACAAGGUGUUUCCCUCCUCUGAAGGAAGGAGGCUGAGCAGAACCAGGCCAAGCUGCAUUUCUGCCAGGGCUGGAAGAGGCCCUGUGGCAGGCCUAUAGGCAGGGGCGUGGCCAGUGGCUCACUCCCUGUCAGAAACCUAUCUGUGCCACAGACCAGGUUCCCUCCUGGGCCAGAGACUUCACCCCACAACCAAGCCACAGACUAGGCAAGUUUUGCAGGCAUGGCGGAUGUCUCAGACGCAUCCGGAGAUCAAGGUUUGAAAGGAACACAGAAGCCUGAGGACAGGUACUCACGUUGCCACUCCAGAAACAGCUUUGGUUGGGCUCAGCCCAUCAGGGUUCAAAUUCAAGUCUUGCCGUGUGUCAGCUGGGUGACUUCAAGCAAGGGACCCACUGCUCAGAACCUCAGUGCCCGCAUCUGCCAGCUGAACCGCACGGGGGUUGUACGUAGAGAUUGGUGUCUGCGAAGUACUUGUGGUGGCCAGGGCCCAAUAAAUCAUAGCUGUUUGCUGUUGGGAUUUUGUAAUUUGUGCUGACGCACCAGGACUGGCUCCCUGCACUGACAUUCAGCUGCAGGGCCGGACCACCUUGCAGGGGAGGAGCCCCAGAGCAUUCUAGAAAUGGCCCAGACACACUGAUAGCCAGCCUUCUCCUCCAGGUGGUGGGAAGAAGCUAUUUUGGCCAUAGCUAUCUCAAAGGCUUU